AUGGAAGCCGUUCGCAGGAAAAUUAGGGAGAUGUGCGAAAAGAAAGCAAAGAACAAACGGAGCGCCGAUACUUCAAGGGAGCUUGGAAAGUUGCUGCGGAAACGACCCAACUUGCUCACUGUCAUUCCAGCCGAACUCGAGCUGAGGGGAGACCUUGCAAGAAGGGAUGAAGUCGCCAUUCGUAAUUUGUUGGAUGAAUUGGUCGACAGGCAUAAGAGGCCGGCUUGGCAUCCCAAGGUGUUAACACUCGAAGUGGACGAGUUUGACAAGAAGAAUGAAUCAGGGCGUUCUAGUCGGGUCCCGUCUCUACUCUUUGCUCGAGAAAUUGACGGAAACCGAGGCUUUGGCAGAAUGCGUCGUCUUGUCAACUUCACGAAUGAGUUUAGGAAAGCUCACGAAGACGACAUGGACAUACGGGCGGAAUGGGUCAACUGUGCAGGUGAUAUCAUGACCAUUGCCUGGACCUCAGACAACAAUUUUAUUUGCGGCACAACAACCCAUUCAGACUCCCACAACCAGCAGUAUAACCGCGAGGGCAACUUGCUUCUCUGCUCGACACGGUUCAAGCAGUUGCAAGCCUUUGCGGAUCACCGAAUUCCACGACCAGCCGUCGAGAGGGGCGACAAUUCGACAGAAGCGAUGAGAGAGAGUCAAAGCCCAUGGUUAUAUUCGUCAGUUGUGUCCUCUGACUACGAUAAGGUGAACGAUCGGGCAUAUACAUCCAGCUUCGACAGGACCGUCAAGGUGUGGAAGGUGGCCAAGGAUGGAAAGGAUAUGACGGUUCUAGGCACAUGGCAGCACGCAGGCAAUGUGAACUUUGUAGCUGCAUCGAAACACGAGUCUGGCAUGGUGGCCACUGCUGCGGAUGUGGCCAGCCAGGCUGUUCGUGUCUAUCAUGUUCACGAAAGCAACGUUUCUGGAAGCUCUUAUCGUGCAUAUUCAAACAUGAGGGCAUGGAACGAAGGCAACGAACAAACUACAGCAACCCAGAAAUGGGCUUACUUCCCAGCGACGAUGCAAUGGGGCUUGACGGCCAACACACGACACUUGCUUCUUGUUGGCUACUCUCCGCGGAGCUUUACGGGUGACGACCUGGAUAUCCCAGAGGACAAGACCAACACGGGCGAGAUUUGUUUGUGGAACUGUUUUACCGGCGAGCGUAUAAAGGUCAUGACUGCCUCAACUCAGAACGUAUUCGAAGUUGCCUGGCACCCUACGCAGCCUGUUUUCAUCGUUGCCACUUCUCCGGCGGGCUUGAUCGUCGAUGAUAACACUCGCACGCAGAUUCGGGUCUUUCGCCCCAGCAAAACCCCGGAAGGGGAUGACGCGUUUAGUGAAAUGCAAUGCCUCGACUGUCCGGCAAAAGACAUCAACGAGCUUACAAUCAAACCAAACAGCGUCAUUUACUCAUACAUCACGGCAGCUUGCACGAACGGCAAGGUAUAUGUCUGGGAUACCGCACGCGGCGAUAAACAUAUACACGUUUUACGGCAUAAGGAGCCUAUCGAUAAGGAGGAUGAGGGUGAGGAUGUUGGCGUCAAGUUCACGGCAUGGGGCACCACUGCAGAUCGCUUCUACACUGGCGGCUCGGAUGGAGUGGUCAAAGUUUGGAAUGUCCGGGACUUACGACAGCCCUUUGUUCGCAAUCUUCUGGAGGCCCCGGGCUGUAUCACAAGCGGCGCUUUUUCUCCAGACUUUUCAAAGCUGGCCAUCGGGGACGCUACCGGACGGGUCAUACUAUUGUCACCAGACGAAGACGACGAACCAACUCCAAACUUCAUCAUGCCGCCUAUGCCAGCCGGCCUCAGACCCCGCGGCUCUCGGCUCGUCCGCCGUCCGCUGGCGUUCAAGAGUCAUGAUGACCCUCCUCCGCUAGAUAUAAAUGAGAUACCUGAGACAGGGGUAGUAAGGGCAAGCCGCUAUUUACACUCGGGCCAGCUUAUCCGGCAUCCGGACCCUACCAUUGGAGUGGUUCAAGGACCAACCUACGCUGAACUGGGUCUUUACCGGCAUGAGUUUCACUUUAACAGGGACCCUUCUCAGCCCCUCUUAGCGAAGAAUGAAGAAGAGCAGCAGCAGAAUAAGAAAAUGUUCCCGCGGUCUCUCAGAGUUCCCCGUCUCCAGCCAGCUGGUGAUCUCGGUUCUGCUACCCUCAAGGCUCGGCAUGCGUAUAACCUGACCCAGGACUUUGAUUUCACGAUGCUGGACUCCGCGGCCAUGAGGGAUCUAAUCUUAAGCCAGGUCAGUUUUCCAGAUAUCACUGAGCGUGCGGACUGGGAUUUUGAAUACGAAGAGGGCUAUAAAGAAGAGGAUUACGAAGAGGAGUAG